CCAUCAGUGGCAAAAAUGGAAAAAAGCAGUGGACGGGUUCCCUGGCGCGAGUUGACUGAAAAGACUUCCUUCUUCCUGGAUGCCGCGUGCGUUCCAUUCUUUUCCCUCCCGAAAACGCCGCACAUCACAACGACAGACCACCCAAAAAAAAAGUUGAUUUUUUUUUUCUGGGAGGAGGUGGUCGUCGUCGUCGUCGUCUCCGUCUACCUGCUCUCCGCCUCCGAUGCCAUUAACCCCACUCCCACGGCCAGCCUCUCGUCGCGAGCCCCCGUGAUGCCGUCGUGGUGGAAGCGCUCCAAGACCGCCUUCCGCCGCUCCGCCACCACCGCCGCCUCCUCCGCCCCGGCCUCCCCCGCGCGGGCGUCCACCUCGCGCUCACAGACGCGACGCGCGGGGUCCGAAGACGCCGGGGACCUCCUCCUCGCGCGGCCACACCGCCAGCCGCGCCAGCUCACGCGACAGCGGAAGCUGCGCCACGUCUACGAUAUCGACGCGCUGCUCGCCGACCUCGGCAUCGACGUCGCGUCCUCCUCCUCGCCGCCGCACGCCAGGGGGCGCGCCUCCGCAUCCGAUGCCGUCGGCCUCGGUCCCCCGAUCUCGAGGUCCUCCAACGCCGCGGACGGGGUGGUAGCUCCGCCUCCGAGGUCCGCGUCGUCCCCCGUGUUGCACCCGCUGCCGUUGCCGUCACCGUCACCGAAGCCCCCCGCAGAGCUGGAGACGACGGACUCGGCGGGGGUCGCGGAAGGCGGGAACGAGAGGGCGUCGUUGCAAAUACCGAGGGUGACAGGUCAGACUGUGCAAAAGUUCCCUGAACAUAAUGAUUUCUGCUCAAAUGGUACAAAGCGGUCUACCUCUAGUCACCACCGAAAAGCACUCCGUGACAAGUUCCAGGAUAAGAGUUCAGCUGAAACAGGGAACUUCCGUUUGAACAUUCCAACUAGAAGUGCUCCAACCAGUGGAUUUUCCAGUCCCGUAGGCAGCCCUCCAAGAUUGAGCAAUGCUGACGUCUCAUCUACUGUGGCAUCUUCUCAUGCUCCUCAAGCAUGGUCAGCUCCAUCGAUCCACACUAUUGAUUUUCUGGGAGCUUUAUCUCCUCGGACUUCGCCUGAAAAACUUACAGGGGCUUCAGAGCCAUCUCCUUACUCUAGUACAUUCAGAAGUCCUAUUCUUAUGCCAAGGAAUACCAGUGCCCCUCCAUCGCCACUCCCAAAGUUAUUCCCAGAAAACCAAAUUUCACGUACUGAAGUCAAUGGAAGUGCUAGUUUGCAUCCAUUACCACUUCCUCCUAGUGCUAUAAGCCCAAUGCAAACAUCUUUCAGCAACCAGCCUGCUCCAAAAGUUGAAAUGCCUUCGGUGUCUUGUCAGUGGCAAAAAGGAAAACUUCUAGGUAGUGGUACAUUUGGCUGUGUAUAUGAAGCUACCAAUAGGAACACUGGAGCUCUUUGUGCAAUGAAAGAGGUCAACAUAAUUCCUGAUGAUGCUAAAUCUGCCGAGUCGUUGAAUCAACUGGAGCAGGAAAUAAAGUUCCUAAGUCAAUUUAAACAUGAAAACAUAGUUCAGUAUUAUGGCAGUGACACUAUUGAAGAUCGUUUCUACAUUUACCUGGAAUAUGUACAUCCGGGUUCGAUUAAUAAGUAUGUCAAACAACAUUAUGGAGCAAUAACAGAAUCAGUUGUCCGUAACUUCACCCGACAUAUUCUUAGAGGCCUAGCUUUUUUGCAUGGCCAAAAGAUUAUGCAUAGGGAUAUCAAAGGAGCAAAUCUGCUAGUUGAUAUCAAUGGUGUAGUGAAAUUGGCCGAUUUUGGAAUGGCCAAGCAUUUAAGUACUGCAGCCCCAAAUCUUUCAUUGAAGGGAACACCAUACUGGAUGGCCCCAGAGAUGGUUCAGGCUACACUAGCUAAAGAUGUAGGAUAUGAUCUCGCUGUUGAUAUCUGGAGUCUUGGUUGCACCAUCAUUGAGAUGUUCGAUGGAAAACCUCCUUGGAGUGAUCUUGAAGGGCCUGCUGCAAUGUUUAAGGUUUUGCAUAAAGACCCACCAAUUCCUGAGAAUUUAUCCCUAGAGGGAAAAGAUUUUCUGCAAUGCUGUUUCAAGAGGAAUCCAGCAGAGAGGCCGACCGCAAGUGAGUUGUUGGACCAUCCAUUUAUCCGGAAUUCAAGUCACUACAGCAAACAUGGUUCCAUACAUGCGUUUGCGGGGAUUAAAGUCCAUGAUAACGGAUACGGUUUCAGGGACAAAACAUCCUCCAAGAGUGAACCAUAUGUGAAAGGAAGAAAUACUAUUGGUGAACCAAACAAUUCUAGGCCAUUCGAAUCGUCAGCCUUUCGACUGACGCCACUAACAAUCCAGGAAGUCGCACCUAAUUUCGCCCCUCAACCGUUUGGUUUAGCCUCCAAUCCUGGUUCCUUUGCCAUCUCAACGAACCCCAUGCAUUUUCCGAUGGCGAACCCUCAGCCUAGCCCACUGCCAAGGCCCAAUGGAAAGGAGGUUCUCUUCUAAGCAUAUAAGGUGCUGCAUGCAUUGUCUCAAAAAAAAAAGGUGCUGCAUGCAAUGGGUAAUGCCACUGAUAUCUGGGAUCUUGUUCAGGUGCACAGCUCCUUUGCACAAUACCAAUCAAGAACUGAUUAAAGCAUAACAGAGAAAGAAAGGAAAUAUAAGAGAGGGAGAUGAAAUCUCGCGCAGCUAGAAACUUUAUAAGGAUCAGCUGCACGUGGUAAUAGUGGAAGGAACACCGCAUCCAUGCAGAUCCCUUCCUACACCAACAGUCAUGUGACAGAAAACAUCAAUAUUUCGCAGACGCCGUCUGAACUUCUAGUAAUUGAGCAGCAGUUGCACUUGCAUGUAUGAUACCCCACAGUUUAUCGGGUUGAUGUAUAUAUAAUAAGUAGCAAAGACUAGAUGUUUUUGUCAGGCUGUCAAGACUCAAAGUAUGGUGACAACUGAAUGCUGAUGAAUGGGAGAUCCAUGAGAGCAUGGGUGCCCUUUCUUUCGGGGAAAUAUUGCUGGCAUUUAUUGUGUAACAUAGAACUAGGAUUAGCUGUAGAUAAAGCUGAAAGUUCAUCUCUCUCCCUCUCUAGUAGGAAUCAGGUGUAGCUAUAUGUUGCCAUGUAACAAUCUUUUUGUUCUACCAUCGAUUAUUUAUUGAGAGAUUGUACAGAACAGGUUUUAUUUUUUCCUGUUCAGAAGGUUUA